GGAUUGGAACACCUGAAUCACAUGAUUGGAGGGGAUUGGAACACCUGAAUCACAUGAUUGGGAGGGGAUUGGAACACCUGAAUCACAUGAUAUGGAGGGGAUUGGAACACCUGAAUCACAUGAUUGGGAGAGGAUUGGAACACCUGAAUCACAUGAUUUGGAGGGCGGGGUCAAUACUUUCGACAAUAUAGUGCAGUUUGACACUUCUGGAUGAGUGAAUUUUGAUGCCUGCUCCCAUCUCCUGAACACCGCUUGGAGCGGUGAUUCAAGUUUCUUCAUGAUCAUUAUUU